GGUGGUGUAGCGCCGCGCCGAAACAUCCCUCAGUCUGAAACUCGGCGCGCACGGGCACGGGUACGCGUCUCUCUAUCCGUGCCUCUACCCGCGAUUACGUGCCGCAUAUACGUCCGUGUUGUACGUUCGCUUCGUCGUGUGUUACAUCCUCACGGGUUACGUGUUAAACAGUGCGUUUUAUUCGUUUGUUCGCGGUACGAGACCUCGGGCAAAUUGGAGGAGCUGCCAACGACUCGGUGACCAGCGAUCACGGACGCGCUACCGAAGAGCAUCGUUUCGAUGGCAGUUACGACCGGUCGAUGCUGAAAGCAGCAUGAGCCACUGAAGGGGCCUUCCGCCUCGCGAAAGUGGAUGAGAAGCGGCGAGAAGGAAGAUGAGAGUCCGCGAAAGUUGAAGUAAAAACCUGCACAACGAACAGCAACAGCCUGCCUCGUCCAUUGCGACCAGCCAAAUAUCUCACGUUAAGAUGACAUAGAAUGGGUUGGGUGGCGCUAGGGCGGUGUGCGGGUGGUGGCGGCCGCCUCUCGUCCGUCCUCUCGCUGUCUCUCACCUCCCUCGCAAGCUCCCUCAUCCUCACCAUCCUCUGUAUCCUCACACUUGCCCUCACUCUUGUCACCCUCGUGCGUGCCGAGGACAUCUUCGAGGAGGGCAAGUCGGACAAGGAGAUCCUGGACAACCUGCUGCUGUCGACGCGUUACGACAAGCGGCUUCUGCCCCCGGUCCAAGAUGCGGAUUUCUGCUGCGGAAUGCGAUGGCCUGGUGACGCCACCAGCCUGUCGAACCGGUCGUCGACCUCCUCUAACGACCCCAAGAACCAGUACAAGAACCAGAACAAUAACCACUACACGUCGCACCAACACCUUCACCGCACCCACCUUCGCGGUACCUUGACCGUGAACGUGAGCGUGCUGUUGCUAAGUUUGGCUUCCCCCGACGAGUCCAGUUUGAAAUACGAGGUGGAGUUCUUGCUGCAACAACAGUGGUACGACCCGCGGCUGCGCUACAGCAACCGAUCGCAGUACGAGUUCUUGAACGCGAUUCAUCACUACGACAAUAUCUGGUUGCCGGACACGUACUUCAUAAUGCACGGAGACUUUAAGGAUCCACUUAUACCCGUUCAUUUCGCCCUACGGAUAUACCGCAACGGCACGGUCAACUACCUUAUGAGGCGUCACCUUAUCCUAUCCUGCCAGGGCAGACUUAAUAUCUUCCCCUUCGACGACCCACUGUGUUCAUUCGCGAUCGAGAGCAUAUCGUACGAGCAAACGGCGAUCACGUACGUGUGGAAGAACGACGAGGGUACCUUGCGGAAAAGUCCGAGCCUCACGUCGCUGAACGCGUACCUUAUUAAAAACCAGACAAUCACGUGUCCGAUCAAAGUAAGCUGGCGAGCUGACGGACAGAUCAUCGUCGACUACGAGGACGAGUUCGAUGAAUUUGGGGACUCAAAGUGCUCGCUGUGCCAGCGCAGGUUUGAGGAGCAAGGUAACUACAGCUGCCUGAAGGUGGAUCUGAUUUUCACGCGAGAUCGUGCCUUCUACUUCACGACGGUCUUCAUCCCGGGAAUUAUUCUGGUGACCAGCUCCUUCAUUACCUUCUGGCUCGAAUGGAACGCCGUCCCAGCCCGAGUAAUGAUCGGUGUGACGACGAUGCUCAAUUUCUUCACGACGUCGAACGGUUUCCGGUCAACGUUGCCCGUCGUGUCGAAUCUGACUGCCAUGAACGUGUGGGACGGCGUGUGCAUGUGCUUCAUCUACGCCAGCCUGCUAGAGUUCGUCUGCGUGAACUACGUCGGUCGCAAACGACCGAUGCACAACGUCGUCUAUCGUCCCGGAGAGAAUCCCGUCACCCAGCGGCUCCCAGCGGUCCUCAGCAGGAUAGGGAUAAUAUUGGCCAGCCCCUUGGGUAAAAAGAAGCGAGAGGGCGGUCCACCAACCGGAGGCACGACAGGACCGAACGAGAUCGUGACCUGCACCAACUGUGGACCUAAUCCUUGCACGCACACGGCCACCAAUGGAUGCACCGCCGAGGUAUCCCUGUUCCAGCUGAGGAAAAAGGAGCCACCGCAUCCGAUAAGAGUGGCAAAGACGAUCGACGUGAUAGCACGAAUCAUCUUCCCGGUCGCCUACUUCAUGUUCCUCACCUUUUUCUUCAUCCACUACAAGGGCUCCUCGUAGACUGGCACCUUGAGGCAACCCGUCGAAAGGACUUUUCGAUCGUCGAUCGACAAACUCUCUCUGUCGCGAUACGCGCGUCCGUUGCGAAUACAAAGAAAAAAAAAAAAGAAAAAAAGAAAAACAAUCCCACGAUCGUUGCUCGAUCGUUGACGGUACUUUCGAAGCUAUAGUCCGAGGACGGAAGAACCCGGCGCGGACAUCGACAGGAAAACGGAAACAAGUUCUUUCAAAGAAGGUCCAUCGACGCGAAAGUGCCCUACCAGCGAAUCGAAAAUAGUAUCGGACGAUCUCUUCUUCGCUGGACGCAAUCGAAACGCCGCGAUUGGUCAUCGGAACUGUUCCACGAAGGACAUAGAAGUGUUUCGAAGUUUGGAAUGUCGCGCAAGGGGCGGGGAAAAAGAAACUGUCGAGUCGAUGGAUUAGCCUCGUCUUCAUCUUUUCUCACAUGUGAUAAUUCUUAAAAGCACCCUUUUCCCCGAUAAAGGUCGAUCCCGAGAGGGUGUGAUCGACGACGAACCUAAAUACAUAUACACGCGCGACACUCGAAGGCAGACGGGCGCCAGGGAUGAGCAAAAUUCUUGUCCAGGUGAACAUUUAAUAUUUAUAUUAUAGAAGGAAGCAUCCAUUUGGCAUCGAAUAAACGGAAAUUUACAGCGGCCGAUCGAGCGAUAUAAUUUACAUUCGCGAUACAUUUAUGGCGAAACGUAUCUAUUGUUUUCGUGUACGUUAAUUUCAUUGUCCGUUAUUCGAAUGGAAUUUUGCUGAUCUCUGAGGGGCGCGCACGCAUAGAGGAAAGGGAGAAAUAAAAAAGAAAAUAAAAAAAAUGGACAGAUGGAACCAAGCACACGUGACACACGCUUGUUUCUUUACUUUCUCUUCUCUUGUCGGGUAGUCACGCUGUUAAUUCGAGGACGCUUUUCUGACGGAUUAGCUUGAACGAAUCAAAUCUAUUCGCUUAAGGAACGUGUUAUACUUGUUCGUGUAAUCUCACUACAAAUAGGAGAAGGUCGAUGCAAGUGUCGUCCAUGAAAUCGCUAACUCGUGAUUCGCCUUUUACUUAAAGAUCGACCUCUUUUUUUCGGUAUUCUAAUCGAUUAAACGGCAUCGCGGCAAAACUCGACACGAUCGCAGGUUAGCUCUGUAUUCCGUAGACCUUUCAAAGAAAAAAAAAAAAAAAAUGAUAAAAAAGACCGUUUGCUUUUAAACCGAAGGGAGCAGGGGCUGCAAUGCAUACAAUUCCGCUGUACAAAAAGAAAUAAAUACAUAUAUAUAUAUAUAUAUGUAUAUAUGUAUAUAUAUAUGAUUUAUAUGAUUUAUAUGUAUAUGUAUAUAUACAUGUAUACAUAUAAAUUUGGUUAAUCAAUCGUCGUUCCAUCGAAGCUUUUCGGUAGAUAUUGCGUAUACGUACGUAUCACGUGAUAAUAUAUAUAUAUAUAUAUAUACAUAUAUCAAUAAAUAUAUGUAUACAUAUAGAUUAUCUUUUCUCGAUCGUUCAGGGUAGCUUUCGCGCUGAUAGCUUUAAGCAUUCGUAAUACCACCCAUACGAUCGAAGCAAUACCAGGGCUGGGACUACUCGCACAGUUUUUCUCUAUUCGUAUAUCGGAACCUUUCGACGAUUUCAGUGACCAUUCGUUACUCAUUUUAUCUCGGAUGAAUUUGACUUUGACGCCGAUAUCUUUCGCGUUGCUCGGAAACAUCGGUAAGCGCAAAAAUAUCGUUGCUCCGUUUCACUAGAAUACUCGAAUGAUCGUUGUCGCGAAUGUUUAUUCGCGGCGUUCGAGGAUUUAUAAAAUAUUCGAAUAAUAAAAAUAACUCGCACAGUCUUUAGCCCUAAAUACGACGAGAAAACUGAACGAACCUCACGCCUAUAGCUCUGAACUACCUUCCUUGGUUUUCUUUCUCGACGAGAAAUUCUAACGAAGCAAGACGAUAAACGCGCGAUGCACAGGGGGUGAAAUAAACGUAUUACGGGUAAAGCUUGCGAUUAGGUCUAACAAAGUACGCUUUGCCCGCGCGAGAAACAACCUAGAAGAACGUAGAGAUUAAUCGAGAAAAUAUUAGACGACAGGCGGUUAACAGUUACGCUUCGCGCGGUUCAAUUGUAACUUUGAAAGUAAUUACGAAACAUGGGACGCUGUCUGGAACGGUGGACUUUCAAAAAAAAAAGAAGAAAAAAAAGAAAGAAAAAAAAGAAAAAAAAAUAAAUAAAAGAGAAAAUACCAAACGAACGAACUCUUUACGAUCGUAACUCGAGAAAACCGACGUUCGACGUGUUCUCCGAGUAACCCGUGUACCUUUAGAGAUAUAACUUCUAUCGCUAUGAUACUAUCGACGCUGUCGUUAUUAUUACUAUUACUACCACUAUUAAUAUUAUUACUAUUACUACCGUUACCUAUAAGAAAGAAAUAAUUGUUAUUACCAUUAUAUUACUUGAUACCGCUGCUACCGUACUACUACUGUAUCGUUAUUAUCGCUACUACUUCUAAACAUAGUUCUUAUUACGAACUUUCGGAGGAAUUGUAACGAGAGCGAGUGGCUGGGAACGAGGCGAAUUGUUACGCCACUUCGCUCUUCAGCAAUAUCAAUCGCAGACCAAAGAAACUACAGACUCGAUCGCGUGCGUACGAGGGUCUCGAAGACGAUCGACAAACGACGAUUAUGCAAUAAUAGUCCGAGAGCCCGCGACAGAAACGGGUGACUCAUUUCAUUACACAAAUGAACCUGUUUUCCGAAGAUGGUGUAUGCCUCCCUAGUUCAGAAAUGCUUGGUCUGGCAUGAAUUCAGUGGUGCAACGCUUCACUAUGCCGUGUUAUAAUAAUUCGAUUUUUCGCCAAAAUCAUCACUACUGAAAUUUUUAGUGUGCAUUGUUGUGAUACAAAAGAAAAAAGUUACUGUUAUCUCUUACACGUUCGCGACUUUCUAGCGGAGCGAUGCGCCGUUUGUGCGCUGCGAGCCUUGGAUUCUUUUUAUUCUUUAGUAGAAAACAGUGAAAUAGCAAACGGAUAUUUGCAAUGAAAUUGGGCGAAAUUUUAUGUCGCGGGCUCUCGGACUGUAAGGUAAUCGCGACUGCUAUGGCAGAGCUGUCGAACUACCGGAAAGUUGUUCGCGCUACUCGAACUGAUCGAACUCGGAGGUGAGCGAAAUUCCAAAUGACGAGUCAAAGAUAGAAAUAGGCAACGUUUCUAUGUAAAUUCUAGUCGAGUAAGAAUUAGAACGAACAUUUGUCCGAUCAAAGUUUCGCCCAUCUCUACUCGCAGAGCUCUGCCGUUUAGUCGACCGGGAAGGCUUACCGAGGAAGCGUUCUUCGAGCGAAUGAUCGAGUGGAAGGGAUUUAACGAUUUCAGCAAGCUCAAUAUAAAGUUACACGAAACAAACAAAGAAACAAAAAUAUGUCCUACGUGUCUAGAGUAAUCAGAUUCGCAUACCUUAUAGUUAUAACGGUCGCAGGCAUAACUCCACCCCGACCCGACGUUUCAUUGUAAUUUUUGUACAAAAACGAGCUAGCGUUCCAAGCCAGUGCGCAUAGAAACGAGGGAAAGGGGGGGGUGGGUGGGGCGCAGACGUAUUCGCUUAAUUAAAUCCAACGUUUUAAAGCGCUUCGCAACUCGUUGUCAACCAUUUCUUCAUUUAACCGAUACGAGAAAGUUUGUUCGAGAAAAUGAUACGUUUUUAUGGUGUCACUGUGGACAAUAUAAUUAUACUGUAUCCACUAUACAUUUAUUACGAUUGUAAUUAAGAUCGUAGACGAUAAUCGUACGAAUGCCGACGGGCGUCGCAAAAGUAAGCUUCACUUAAGUAUGACGCCGUUUUCAAACGAAUAUAUCCAAGGAUAACACGUAAUAUCGACACAACGAAUAUUGCGUAGAACCGAGUUCGCCGAUCAGAAGACGGGAAAAAUUCAUUCGCCGGGGACGUUUCAAUCGUACCGAACGACGGCGCAUUAUACCGUAUAACUGAAAGCAAAAUGAAAUGUUCAAUCUCUAUUAAAAAAAAAAAAAAAGCAAAAA